AUGGAGAUCAACGCGGCCAGCCACCUGGCAGCCGUAAACCGCACGGUUCUCUUCGUCAACAGCGACGAGCUGCUUCGCGCGCUUCUCGCUCUCACCGAGGAGGAAAACUAUCCCCUGGUCUUCGGCUGCGUGGCCGGGAAGGACCGGACCGGUUUGUUGAGCUGCCUCAUUUUGUCAGCCCUGGGCUGUGACCGCGAGACGAUCGUACAUGACUAUUUGAAGACCAACGAGGCCGCCCGACACAUCGACGCCUGUAACCAGGUGGCUCAGCACCUCUGGUGGGAGCAGCUAGCAGCUGAGGCGCCUAGCAAAUGGCAGCGGAUGCAGCCGACACUCCCAAAGCUCCACUUCGAUGCGACGUGGCCCGGGCUCGAGGCUGACGACGGGUCUACUCCGCCGCCUUUGCGGGAGGACUUGAGGCCAGAGCUCGAGGCGCCAAAGGAGCCUCCAAACCAGGAAGAGGCGCUUGCCGUGCUUCAGGGUUCGGUGGCCUAUCUCGGAACUCUCGAGUACACCUUGGAUCUGUUGGACAGCGAAGGAGGAGCUCUGGCCUACCUGGACUCCAUAGGCUUCGGGGGGCCUGAGCUCGAGAAACUCCUGGCCAUCCUUACUGUGUAA